AUGUUACUUCUUUUUACUAUUACCCUAAUUUAGUUUGUGCCAACUAUAAGAAAUUAGAUAAUCUUGUAAAAUAUAAUACAUAUUCUUAGAUAACAAAUAGAAAUGGGGUGUAAAACAUCUGAAAAUGGAGUUUGUUAGGAAUUAUGCUCAUUAGGAUAAUUUAAUUGUGAAAACUAAUAGAUUUAAUGUGAAUAUGGAUACUUCCUUUAAUUUGGAAAUGUCUGUGUAUAAUGGUAAGAAAAGAUAGCUAUGUAGUCCUUAUUAAAAAGUGAUUGAUAGCUUUACUUUAUAUUGCAUGGAUUGUGUCGAACAUCCUUAUACCUGGUCAAGUAAUAGAACUUGUUCUUAUGAAUAUACAAUUGAAAGUGGAGAUUUUAUAAAAGGAACAUAUGUUCGUAAAUCAAAGGAAUACACUGAAUUAUAUUUUAUUGGUCCAUCAAUUUCAAAUGGAGUUAAUUUGGAUUCAAUAACAAGAGAUGUAAAUGCAUUAUAUUAUGUAUAUAGGUUCAAUAUAUAUAUGAAACUUAUAUUUGUUCAGGUUGUAAGAGAUUUUGUAUACCAGAAACAACUGAAAAUUGUAAUAGUAUUACUUCACCUUAUGCUGAAGAUAGUAGCAUAAUGGGUAUAGAGUGUUUAUUAACUUAUGAAUUUAAAAAUCAAAUGUGUAUUAGUUGUCCAUAAGAUUGUUUGAAAUGUUCAAAUGGAUAAUGUACUUAGUGUAAUGAUGGUUAUAUGAUAUAAAAUGGGUUAUGUCAAAAAUGUGAAAAUGGUUGUUUAAAUUGUUUUAUUGUUUAAUUGCAAACAAUAUGUACAAAAUGUAAAGAAGGCAUGGUAGCCUCUUUAGAUUAGAGAAAAUGUGAAGAGUGUGGUAAUGAAUGUUAAAGAUGUGAGUAUGUAACCUAUUCAUCAAAUGCUCAAUAUCGUUAUCCAACUAGAACAAUGGUAAAGAUUCUUGAUAGAAUCUAAUAAAAUAAAUAUAUUAAAAGAUGUAGAUAAUGUUCUACUAAAAGUUUUGUAAGUCAUAAUGGAAUAGACUGUGUAACAUGUCAAAUACCAAAAUGUGAUUUGUGUUAUUUUAAUAUAAGAGGGGAUGUUACAACAAUGGAUUAUGAUUUUGAACCUAGUAAAGUUGAUGAUCUUGUAUCAAAUUUAUUAUGUUUUAAAUGCAUAAGUGGUUAUACUGUUAGUGCAGAUAAAUAAAGUUGUGUACAUUCAGUUCCAGCUUUAGAUUAAUGUGAUAGGAAAUAUGAAGAUACAACUUUAAAAUGUAGAUAAUGUGUGAAUAAUAUUAUACUGAAUUAACAAAGUAAUACUUGUUCUAGUUCAUGUACUUCUUAUAUAAAGUAUUGUUAAAGUUGCUUUUCUUAUAAGAGUUUGGAUCAAACAUAAUAUAUAGAUGAUUCAGGAUAGAUAUUCACAAGAGCUGCCUAAACAUUAUAUUAAUGUAUUUAGUGUAGUAAUGGAUAUUAUCCAAAUAUCUUUACUGGUUUUUGUGAUGCCUGUCCAAAUAAUUGUUAAUAAUGUUGGCAAUACUCUUAGACUUAUAAUUUUACAGAUUAUUUAUAUAAAAUGGAACCUAUUAGUAAUUCAUUAAAGGAAACUUUUUUAAAUGAUAUUCCUAUAAAAAUUUAAUGUACAUCUUGUAAUUUUGGUUAUUAAUUAUAUGGAAACGAAUGUUUAGGUUGCAGUAGUAAUUGUUAAGUUGAGAAUUAAAUUGUAAGUGAUGACUCAAUUAAUAGUUGUGUUUUUAAAUCAACUUAUGCUUUUUGUGGAGAAUGUUAUGAUACAUUUAAUGAUAGAUCUUUAGUUUAGGAUAAAUCUGAAUGUAUAGAAUGUCCUUUGAAUUGUUUAGCAUGUAGAGAGAGAUUAAAAUAUGAGAUAACAAAUUUUUAUUUUAAUCCAGAAAAUUCUAAUUUACUUCAAUAUGGUAGAUUAUGUUACAAAGUUUAGACUAUGACUAUGUCUAGUCUUUAAAGUGUUUCAUAUAAUUCUUAUUUAAAUUUACCUAUUUUAUGUAUUUAUUAACAAGCAGUUUCAACAAAUACAAAAAGAUGUCGUCAUACAGCUUAAAUUACUGUUCAUGUAUAUUGUAAUGAGGAGGAAUAUUAUAAUAUUUAUGAAACUUUGAAUGAUAAUUAAAAACUAUAUCAUUAUAAUCUAAAUGAUUAUUAUUCAAUAGAUUUUGAAGAUAUAGCUUACAUAGAAUUUUCAUCUUUGGAAACUUUUCAAUCAUAUUAAAUUAUGAAUUAAGCACCAUUAUAAGAAUUGACUUUGAACAUAUUAUUUACUAAUUCUAUUGAUUAUACAUGUAAAUUUGAAAAGUCAACAUAAUUGAUAACAGAAUUUCAUAAGAAUGUUUAUGCAUUGAGUAAAUUCUAAGUUAAUAUUUAGAGUGCUCAUAUUUAACCAAUUACAUUUAAAAUAACUGAUAAUUUUUAUUUAUAAGAUUUACCUUAUGUGACAAUCAAAAAUAUUAAUAUUUAUUCUAAUUUAUACAAUGAUUUUGGAUUAAUAAUAACUAAUGAUAUUUCAUCAACAUAUUUGUAAAUAUAAUAAUGUAAACUUGGAUAUGAAUCAAUUAAAUUUGAGGAUUCAUAAAUAUUUACAUUAAGUUUAGAAAAUAUAAAUUAUUUAGAAUUUAAGGAUGUUUACAUAUAAAAUUUGUUAUAUGUAGAUAAAAUAAAUCUAAAUCAACAAAAAAUAAAUAAUUAUAUAAUAGAAUUAAAUAAUGUAUAUUUCUUUAAUAAUUAAUUUAAAAAUAAUAUUAUAUUUCCAUUAACACCUUAUAGCAUUGUAAAUAUUAACAAUUUAGUCAUUUAAGAUUGUAUAUUCACUAGUACAUCAUUAUUUAUUAAUCAAAAUGAGUAUUAAAUAUUUGUUUCGAAGUUUUCAAUAAAUUAAUUGAUUAUAAAAUAGACAUAAUUUUAUGAAUCAUCAAGUAUUAUCAAAUCUAGUUAUCUUUCUACAUUGACUAUUAAUUAAUUAGAUAUCAUUGGAAAUAGAUUUAAUGAUACCGAAUUAUUUAUAUGUAAUACUUACACAAUAUAGAAUGUUUACAUUUAUAUGAAUGUUUUUACUAACUAUUCACUUAUCUUUACAACAGCAGAUUAAGUUCCAGAUACAUAAUAAUUUUAUAAUUAAAUCAAAACUUAAGGAUUUGAAAUAUCAAAUCUUAAAUUUGUAGAAAAUACAUGUUAUAAUAUAAAUUGUCUAAUGCUUAUAUAAACUCCAUAUAAUUCUGAAGAAAUACAUGCUAAUUUAGUAAUAUCAAAUUUGUAUAUAUUUAAUAACUAUGUUGAAUUAUCAUUAAUAUAAAGAUAAUCAGUUUCUUCUGCUAUAUUCAGAGCAACCCAAAUGAAUUAAGUCAAAUUAAAUAAUAUUGUCAUUGAUACUUAAUUAUCAAUAUCAGUUAUUUCCUUAUAACAAAUAGCAUCAUUGGAAGUAUCUAAAUUCAUAUGUGAUUACUCAAAUAAAAUUAUUGGAGAGAAAGAUCUAAGUCCUCGUACUAAGAUUGAAAACAACACUAUUAUACAAUAUCCUUUUAAUAACAAAUUACCUAGUAAUACUACUUGUUCUAAUUAAAAACAAUUCUUUGGCAGUUAUAAUGGAUAUUGUUUGGAUAUUUAAGACUUCAUAUAUGGAGUGAAAAUAUCUGAUGCUUCUCUUAAAGGACUUUUAGGAAUUGAUAAUGGAUUCAUUUAUAUUCAAUCAUAUGAAUCAUUGAUGAAAUAAACAAGUAAUUUCAUUAGUUAAAGUGGAACUCAAAAAAUAAUAGAUUUUUAUUAUGGUUACACAAAUGAAGUUAUAAUCUUAGAAAAUAUCAAUAUAUUUAAUACAUCUAUUGCAAUAUCAAAUCCAGUUACUAUUAUUGGAAGUAUUAUUAUUGAAUCUGAUUAAAUGUAAACUAUUCUUAUAGAUAAUGUAUAAUUAAUUGGCAAUCAUUUACAUUAAUUAGUUGAGUCUAUCACUAUGGAAAUAUCAACUUGUUUUACAAUCUUAAGUCCAAAUAGUAUGAUAAGUAUUAAACAUUUAAUUGCAUAGAAUAAUAGAGCAACAUAAUCACAAUAUGGAAUAAAUAUCAUAAAAUGUCAAUCAUUAACAAUAUCUUAAUCUUUGUUUAACUAUACAAAUAUAAUGGAAUCUAAUUGGCUUGAUAGAUUAGAUGAAUAUCAAGUCAAUAAUUAUUCUUAGUUCUUAGCUUAAUUUACUAUAGAAUCUGAGGGUUCAAAUCUUCAUAUUUAAUGUAGAAAAUUAGAUAUUGACUAAACUAGCUUUAUGAAUGGAAAAUCUCUUAUAGGAACAGGCUUUUAUUUUCUAGGUUAAGACCGAGCAAAUAUUAUGAUAAACAAUACUUAGUUUACAAAUCUAUCAACGUCAUUAGAAUAUGUUGAUUAAGCAUAUGGAGGAUCAUUAUAUCUAAAUUUAUAGAAAUCAAGUUAUGAUAUUAAAUUAAACAAAGUUAUUAUGAAUCAUAGUAUAUCACGAAUAGCUGGGGGAUGUAUUUAUGUUUAAACAUCUAUGUAUGAAUAAUAAAUCUCAAUUAAUAAUAGUUAAUUUAUUGAAUGUUCAUCCAUAUAAAGUUCAUUAAUAGAUAUAGAAUUUUCUUUGUCUUCAUUAAUGUUGCCAACCUUAAUUAUUAGUAAUACAAAUAUAAUAAAUAAUAAUUUUGAAUGGUUUAUUAAAUAAUUAACUGAUAUUAGUUAUGAAGAAGAAUAAUAAAUAAUAUCUGGAAUAAGUUUAAUAAAAUAGAAUUAUGGUAUUUUGUAGAUUGAAUCUAGUUAAUUUAUCAAUAUAUAGAUUCAAGGUUUAAUGGACCUUAAAAAUAUGUUUCAAGUAAUCCUAUAAGAUUUAGUCAUAAAAGAUAUUACAAUCUUUACUCAGUCUUUAAUAGAAAUUACUCAUUAUACAAAAUAGUCAAUAGUAGAAUUAUAGAAUGUUGUUAUUGAAAAUAUUACAGAAUAAAAAGUAUUGACAGAAGAAUAAUUUAUUUAUAAAUUUAAUAGGAAAUGUUAAUCUAUUUCUACAUUGUUUGAACUUGCAAAUACUUAAAUAUGUUCAGAACAAGAAGAUUUAAGAUAAUUUUAUAAGGAGAUUUAUGAUUACAGAUAAAUAUCAUAAACUAAAUUAGAUAAUAGUACUUUAUACAAUUAUUAUGAUUCUUUAUCAUAUUAAGAUAAAUAUAUUUUGAAUGACAUUAAAUUAAAUACUUUUAGAGAGAUUAAAUCUUUUUAUUCUUCUAAACAUAUAAUAUUUGUAGAUAAUAUUAUAACAUAAUAGGAUUUUAGUUUGUGUUAUUUUACUAAUUUAUAAUUAACUUAUUAAAUUGAGACUAUUCCACAUUUUAUUAAAUUAAGUCAUAUAAAAUAAAGCAACAAAAUUAAUAUGAAUUCAAUCACUAUCAAAAAUUCUUUCUGUAAUAGAUGUUAAUAAGGCUUAAUUUUAAUUAAUAGUUAUGAUUUUUCAGCUUAUAAUACUUCUACUAUCUUUGAAUUGAAUUGUUAAAAUAACAUAAUUGGUUACUUUGGAUGUUUGGUUAUAACAACUCAAACUAUACCUUAAUUCAAUAUUACAUAGAGUAAUAGAAUCUUAUAGAGUUCAACUCCAACCUAAAAAUAUAAUAUUAAAUUGUAAUAGAGUUUGUUUUAAAGUAAUUCUGCUUAAAUAGGAUCUGGUAUUUCAAUUAUAGGAGUGAGUAUAAAAAUAAUAGAUAGUCAAUUUAUGGAUAACAAAGCAACAUUAAUUGGAGGAGGGAUGAUAUUUGUUUAUGAUUCAGAAAGUUAAAAUAUCUUAGAUCAAUUUAACAAUAAUUAUAUCAAUAAUGAUGCCUAAUUAGGUAGUGCUAUUUAUAUGAUGAAUAAUAAUCUAAAUAAUCUAGAAAAUUCAUAGAUUUUCAUUUACCAUAAUAGUAAUACUUAAAUUGAAUAGAUACCAGAAAAAUUAGGGUUAAUGAUGUUAUAAGAUUAAUUAAUGGAAAUUACUACAUUUUAAGAGAAUGAUGGUGAUUUAAAUGAUGAUAAUAUUAUUGAUAGUCCAAAUCUAUAUAUAAUUGAUAUUGUAAGUAUUUAGUCUAUCAAUAUACCAAACUUAAAAAGUAAUUACAUAUUAUUACCUUCUGGUUAAUAGAUAUCAUAAUAUAAAUAUUAUUAUGAAGAUACUUAAGAAUAAAUACCUUAUAAUUGGAUAUUUAGAAUUUACAAUUUGGAUAAGAAUAAAAAUAUUAUAAAAUCAGUUUCAUCAACAGAAACUUGUACUGUUUCAGGUCGUUUGAUGGAUGAAUUAAAUUUAGAUUAUACUAAAUAAUUUUUGCUUAAUUUCACUUCAUAUUCAGCUAUAUUUUUUGAUGAAUCUACUAACUCUUUUAAUUUUGAUAACUUAUAAAUUUACUUCGAUCCAUACUUAUAAGAUAAUAUAUUCUUAUAACUCAAAUGUAAUAUUAUAUAUAUAUAUAUUUAGUUUAAUGCACUUCUAUAAAGAUUCCAAUUUAUAAUUAACAAUCUCCUUAUAAUGUGAUUUCUUAUAAUAAAAAUUAUGCUCUUUAUUUGAAUGUGAAAACUAUUCCCUGUUAAAUUGGAGAAGCAUAUUUAGAAUAAAAAUGUAUGGCAUGUAACUAAGCAAAUACAUAUUCUGUUUAAAAGAAUAGUGUACAAUGUAAAGGCAUUAAUUCAAUCUAAAUGGAAAGUGUAACUCCAGUGAGAAUAAAAUUGAAAGAAUAAUAUUGGCGCCCUUUUCCAAAAAAUGAUGAUAUUGAAGAAUGCUACAAUUUGUAAUCCAAUUGUCUUGGAGGUUGGGUUCCAGGAGAUACCUCUUGUUAUGAAGGUCAUAUAGGUGCAUUAUGUGAAUAAUGUGACAUAUAUGGAAUAAGAGGACCCUAAUAUUCAGUUAGUAAGAAAUAUUCUUGUGGAGCUUGUUCAGACACUCUUGAAUCUAAUAUUCUGAUUAUAAUUGCAAUUUCGAUUUUCACUCUAGUUACUAUGAUUUUAUCAGUUAGAGGAAACUAUUAAUUUAUUGAGAAUUUAAUACAUCAAUAAGUUUUAUAAUCUAUUGGAGCUAGAAUUAAUAUAUAAUAAAGUAAUAUUAAUAUAUUAUAUAGAUAAUGCAUCUAUCAUAAUGAAAUAAUUAACUAAUUAUUUAUAAAUUAUUGCAUCUUUAACAACAUUUAGAAUUUCUAUACCUGCUGCCUUUGUUUCGUCUAUGGAGGUAUUGGGAAAUCCAACUCAAUCUAUGGCAUAUUCACUAGAUUGCUUUUUAGUGACUUUUGCAACUAUCGAUUUAUUGUACUUUAGAAUGGCUUGGGCAUUACUAAUGCCAUUAUUUUAUAUGAUUAUAUUCUUUUUUGGUUAUUUUACUGUAGUAUUAAUGAGAAUUGCUCCUUUUAAAAUUGGAAUCAUUUAUACUACAUUUAUUUACAUGUUUAUCUAUUUAUAACCUACUUUAGUUGGUGGAUUCAUUUCAUUAUUGAGUUCUAGAACUGUAAGUGGAAUAGAAUGGGUCUAAAGUGAUGUUAGCUAUUAAUAUUAUACAGAUACACAUCAAUACUAUAUCUAUAUAUUUAUAUGUCCCAAUUUAUUAGUCUGGAGUAUCUUAUUACCAUUAACCUUUAUGCAUCUGAUCAGAAGAAAUAAGCAUUAAUUAGAUAAUAUGGAAGUAAGAAAGCGAUGGGGAUUCUUCUAUCAUGAAUAUACUAAUAAAGCAUAUUUAUGGGAAUUUGUAAAAAUAUUUGAAAAGGAACUUGUAAUUAUAUCUUUGACAUAUUAUGAAAAUAAAAUUGUUAUUAAGGGAUUAAUUAUAUUUCUAAUAGUAUUUUUAUAUGGAGCAUUUUCAUUUACUUUUAUACCUUAUAAAUAAAAAAAGUUAAAUUUUAUAGAUUAAAUGUCAACAGCAGCUUGUUCUUGUUCAUUAUGUUUAGGUGUUCUAAUAUAUGCUAGCAUGAAUGAAAAUUUAGAUUAUUUAUAAUAUAUUAUGUUCUUAAUAAUAGCUAUUAUCAAUACUUGUUUGAUUGCUUUGAUUCUAUAUCAUUUGCUUGAAGGAUAUAUUAAUAAAUUUGAUGAUAAAUUAGACAUUGUAAGAACUAAAAUUAAAUCAAUAUUCCCAAAUAUUGAAUUCUAAUACCCUUGUUUAAGAAAGUUAUUAAUUAAUAAAAAAGAAAUGAAAGAGAAAAUUAAUAAUUAUUGGGCAAUUCUCAGAUAUGAAACUAGAGAAGGUAUAAAAAGAAAAAGAAAAGAUAAAAAUCUACCUCUAUUAAUUUAAAAAAUAUAGAAACCCACUUAAGAUUCUUAAGAUUUAUCAGAAAAGGAUAUAUAAUUAAAAUAAGAACAUUCUAUAGAUCAACAAAGAGAUUUUAAGAGUCCAGAUAGAGAUAAUAAAGAUGAUAUUAAAUUACUAAAAAGACCAAGUUAAAAUUAUUAAGGAUUAAUAGUUUAAUAAUAAAAUUCAUUGGAAUCAUCUUAAAUUAAUUUAAGUAAAGUAUUUCCUCAAAAUAACUCUAAUAUUGAGUCGACUAGAAAAGUAGAAAACAUUUAAGAAAAAAUAAUAAUGAAGAAACCAAUAUGA